AUGUCUGAAUUCGAUAACAACAAUGCAUACGCUUCGAGAGAGGAGGAAGAGCAAGAUGAAAUCUUGGCUGAAUAUCCCAUCUAUCUCACCAACGAGCUCAGUAAAUACCUCUACAUGUUUCAAUAUCCUAUGCGUUCAACACCUUUCACCAGCAAGACUGGGCCCAGUGCAGCUCGUUUAAAGCCCAAGUCCAAGAAGGUUGAGUUGGAUUUGCCACUAGAUACCCGUUCCACCAACUAUAGCACAGAACGUGGUGAAGAUUUUGCAAUGGGUUUGAAUGACAAAACCAUCAAGACUGCCUAUGAUAGACGUAUGGAAGAGCAUGAGGAGGAAUUGACCAUGGGACACAAUUACAAAGCACCCAAGAAGGAGGAGGAAUUACUAGACAAGAUGACCUUGACUUCAGUCGAUGUGCCUUCACAAACAAAGUAUGUCAUUGGUGUUAUCCGUGAUGAGGAAUUGCACUUGACACCUAUCAACACAACCAUUCAGCUAAGACCUGGGUUCAAAUACAUUGACAAGAUUGACGAGAAAUGGAAAGCUGCUAAUAAGCGAAUUCAAGAUGUCGAGAAACUGGAGGAAAAGAAGCGUGGAACAGAUCCCAGUACAGCACAAACAGUUCAAGUGUCUGUAAAGAACACAGAGCGUGAGGGUAGCAUGCGCAAAAACCUGUACUCAAUGGCUGUUCGUAACGCAGAAGAGGAAGAUUGGCAACCCAUUGUCUAUUAUGAUGAAAACUCGCUCCAAGCUGAGAAAGUGAGUGAAAAGCUGUACUCGACAUCCAAGGAACCAUUGAAUUGCACUACAACAAAUGCGAAUUACCUUGAUCAAUUGAGCGGCGUCAAAUCCACUCACUAA